UUGCUCAUCAAAAAAUAAAAAGCUUUGACAGCUGCAUGAUUGCCACAGUUAGUAACGGUAUAAAAAGCAAUACCGUUGAUUAACUACCAUUCAGUCGCACGGCAAUCGCCCAGCAGUUAACUUUUUCCAAAGUGCCAAAAAGUGAUAAGAAGAGAGAGCAGAAAUCGCACAAUGACCGCGAAACCCUUCAAAGUCUUGAUCACACAUCCCGAGGUGCCGCAGUCGGGCAUUGAUAUUCUCAAGGAGAAUUGUGAACUCAUUCAGGUGCAAAGUUUGCCACCGAGUCGCGCUGAAAUUCUGGAAAAGAUCAAGGGAGUCGAUGGCGUUUUCUGGGGGGGACACUCGCCGUUGAAUGCCGAAGUUUUGAAUGCAGCCGGACCACAGUUGAAAUCCAUUUCCACCAUGUCGGCGGGCAUCGAUUAUGUCGACGUCGAGGAGCUGAAGCGUCGCAAGAUUCCACUGGGACACACGCCCACAGUGCUCAACACUGCGGUUGCCGAUCUUGCCGUGGGUCUGUUAAUCGCCGCAGGAAGACGUUUCCACGAGGGACGCAAGAAGAUCGACACGAACAACUGGGAGAACUAUCAUCUAAACUGGUUGUUGGGUCAGGAUGUCCGCGAUUCAGUUGUUGGUUUCUUUGGCUUUGGCGGCAUUGGCCAGGCUAUUGCCAAGCGUCUCUCUGGCUUUGAUAUCGAUCAGGUUCUUUAUACCACACGUACUCGCAUCGAUAGGGAAACUGAGAAGGAACUCAAUGCCAAGAAGGUCGAAUUCGAUGAGCUGCUGGCCAAGAGUGACUUCGUGGUCAUUGCCGCACCUUUGACACCUGCCACACAGGGCAUCUUCAAUACCACCGCCUUCAAUAAGAUGAAGAGAAACGCCGUCCUGGUUAACAUUGCACGUGGCCAAAUCGUCAACCAAGAUGAUCUAUAUGAUGCUCUGAAGUCAAACAGGAUUUUUGCUGCGGGUCUCGAUGUUGUGGAUCCCGAACCUCUGCCCCCCAAUAAUAAAUUGCUCACCCUUGACAAUGUCGUGAUUCUGCCACAUAUUGGAUCGGCAACAACGCGAACUCGUUCCGACAUGGCCACAAUAGCUGCCCACAAUGUGCUCCGGGGUUUGGCCGGAGAACGUAUGCUGUCGCCUGCCUAUUAGGGAACUUAUUAUCCAAUCAAGUGUGGGAAAGUCGUAUUGCUACUGACCAUGAUUUUAAUUGCCAGCUGUGAGAUUAAUAAAAAUAAUAUCUGUGUGAAUAAUUAAAAA